AUGUCUCGUCCAAGCCAGCCAUUAUUUCAGCGAUCGUCUUCGGGAACCAACCUAGCGGACAUAGGCCUCUCAUCGGUCAAGAGGACAUCCUUCCAGACGUCCAAGCCAGCAUUCGCGACUGGCGCAAUGUCGAGCCGCGCCUCUGCCGAUGCAGACAGGAGGAGUAGUGUGUACCGAUCGCGCGCUUCUACCGCCGGCCAUGUGUCGCACCAGAGUUUCUUCCAGCAAGCUCCCCAGCCCGCCGGCGUUCCUCGUGACCCACGGCCUCUGAAGGAUCGAUCUUACCAGGCUCGAAUCGGGCAAGAACUCUUAGAUUAUCUUGUCCAGCACAACUUCGAGAUGGAAAUGAAGCACGUCCUUACCCAGAACAUUGUUAAAUCGCCGACCCAAAAGGAUUUCAAUUACAUGUUCCAAUGGCUAUACCACAGAAUCGAUCCGAGUCAUAAAUUUCAGAAGAACAUUGACCAGGAAGUGCCGCCGAUCCUCAAGCAGCUCAGGUAUCCCUAUGAGAAGAGCAUAACCAAGAGCCAAAUUGCGGCGGUGGGCGGUCAAAAUUGGAGUACUUUUCUCGGCCUGCUUCACUGGAUGAUGCAGCUCGCCCAAAUGCUCGAAGGCUACUCCUGCGGUCGGUAUGACGAUGCUUGCCUCGAGUCUGGAAUUGACGUGAGCGGGGACCGUAUUAUUUUCGACUUUCUCAGCAAAGCCUACAGAGAUUGGUUGGCCAUGGACGAGGAUGCCGGGGACGAAGAUGCGGAGAGGGUUCUGGCUCCUCACGUUCAAGCGAUGGCUGUGGCGUUCGAGGAAUCAAAUUCUAAGUACCUCUCCGAGCUUGAAAUGCUAGAGGCGGAGAAUGCGAGGUUGCAAAAGGAGAUUGAAGAUCUGGAGAAGUCCACCCCGGACCCGGCCAUCCUCGAUAACCAUUUCAAGAUCAUGGAGGAGGACAAAGUCAAGUUUGAGGAAUAUAAUGCUCUGGCCCAACAACGAUCGGAGAAGUACGAGAACCGCAUCCAGAUCCUCCAGGAAGAGCUCGAUAAGUUGUCGGAAGAGCUCGGAGAAGUCGAGGAGGAGAGGAGAAAUCUACAAAAAGCGGUCGACGAUCUCGGAAUCAGCAUGCAGGAUAUCGACCGCAUGACUGCCGAGAGAGAGCGGCUCCAGAAGGGCAUCGAGUCGGCAUCACAGCGCCUUGAUGAUAUCAAGAAGAAAGUGGCCGAGAAAGAAUCGGAAGCCAGCAAAAGACUCGACGAGCUUGAACGCAUGGUGGACAAGUACAACACUCUUGCGUACCAAAUUGCGCUUAUUCCCGCCGCUGCCGUUAACGCGAACGGUAAUGACUACGAGCUCCGCCUCACAGUCAACGACGGGCCGGAUUUCACUUCUUCGCAGCUAAACGGGUCGAACUCGAGCGACAGAUUAUUAGCCGACCCAACUUCCGGCUAUCAGCCUGCUCAUAUUCUGAACCUCGACCUCCGCGGUCAGGUCAGGAACAGCCUAGUUUCCCUUAAGAAGGAGAUUUCUGAGAGACGCAGCGUUGCGAUGGACGUCAUGAUGAAGGACCAUGAUCUCCUCGACGGCAUUAAGGAGGCUAUCGAGGACAAACGCAAUGAGGUUGAAGCACUAGGCCAUCGCGUACGGGCUGCUGAGGAAGAAUACGAAAAAACCAAGGAGGUUACCACUGCCCAAAAGCUCAACUCCGACGCUCAGAUCGAGAAGAUGGAGAAGGAGCUUGCCAAAAUGCGUGCGGGUCUGACGGAGUCCGUCCAGCUGAUGGAACAGAGGGAGAUGAACACAAAUAUCGAAUACGAGCAACUCACCGUCCGGGCAAACGCCUUGAGGGAAGAGCUUCACACGGAGAUCGACCGAAUUCUAAAUGACGUCAUCAAGUUCAAGAUUCAUAUCCAAAAGAACUUGGAUGACUACGAGGGCUUUGUAGCUGAUGAGCUGGAAAAGGAAUUGGGCAGUGACGAGAUGGGGGAAGAUACCCGCGCUUUGGAUUUGUGA